UUUACCAUAUAAAAACAAUUAUGGAUAUAGUGCAAAAAAUGGAUUUAUUAUGUGUUGAACGUAUGUCAGACAGUAAUUUUGCGAAAAUUGAUCCGGUUAUAUUUCAAGAUUCGCGUGUUAUGAAAAAUAUGUUAGAUAUGGAAGAAAGUUACAUGCCAAAUUGCAAUUAUUUUCGUGUUAUACAAAAUGAUGUUCAACCGUUUAUGCGAAAAGUGGUCACUACAUGGAUGUUAGAGGUGUGCGAAGAACAAAUGUGCGAGGAUCAAGUAUUCCCAUUAGCUGUUAAUUUUAUGGAUAGAUUUUUAUGUUUGUGUAGAAUAUCUCGCCAACAAUUACAAUUACUUGGUGCGACCACAUUGUUAAUGGCUUCAAAAAUUCGACAAUGCCAUCCAUUACAAGUGGAUUUGUUAUGUGCUUAUACUGACAAUAGUAUCACACCUUCAGAGCUUCGAAGCUGGGAAAUGCUGGUAUUAUCAAAAUUACGAUGGGAUAUUACAUCAAUAACUGGAUUUGAUUAUGUGGACCAUGUAAUUGAGCGAGUGUCAUGGGGUAUGGAAAAUCCAUUUAUCCGAAGACAUUCACAUACUUUAGUCGCCAUUUGUUAUACCGAACCCGAUUUCAUACUAUGUAGACCGUCUUUGAUUGCAUCCGCUUGUAUAUGCGCAGCAGCACGUGGAUUAAAUAUACCAUCAUCAGAUCGAGCAAUGGAAGAUAUAUGUAAAAUGACUGGAGCUGAUUUAAUAACUGCUGAAUGUAUUGUAAAUCAUAUUGAACGAGUCGUUGCAAAAGAAACAGAAUCAACACAUAAUAAUUCAGUAUCAACACACGGACAACAACAGCAAACACGGACACAACAGGUUACAUCAACACCAGUUGGUAAACUUCCACAAACACCAGAUAAUUCAUUUAUUGAGGAUGACGAUUUACGGCAGCCAGAAACACCAACAGAUGUACAGGAUAUACAUUUUUAGAUUGGAAGGAUAGAAUAAUUCUAUAUACAAAUAUCAGUAAGAAGCAUAGAGCACUUUGGCUGGGUUUUGCUGCGAUACGUGCACUCAUGAAAUUUACAUGACCGCUAACAUGUUGCCAACCUUACUUAAACCAGCCAAUAAUUUACUGAGAGCUCGUAUCGGUAAAAUGCAGCUAUUACCUUUUAGGACACGUCACAAAAUAUUCUUUACUUAAUACUCAAAUGUGUGUUAAUUCUGGGGAAAAUAGUACUUCUGAAAAAUAUUUGAUUUUUUU